UAAUGGAAUAAUAAUCUAAACCUGAAUUGGUAUGAGUUGGGCAGCUGUGUAAUCUACGAGGAGGUGGAGUGCUAAAAUAGCAGUCAUUCUAAAAGGAAUUGCUGCCCAAGGGUUUUUUUUUUUCGAAGACGACGACAGGGUUACAGGGUCAGUGGGGGAUUUCACAGCAUCUAGAAUGAGUUCUGUAGUUUGUUGUUUCAUAGUGCAUAAGAACACCCUAAAUCAAGGGGGAAAAAGAGCUCACUUAAAGGGUUACUAAAUUUCCAAAGAGUUUGUGCUACUAACCUGGCCACGUGCAAACACCAUUUCAGGUGCAAUGGUGCAGCACCUCCUAACCACUUUUAAAGGAAAGUGCCACAGAAGGUCCAGGAUAAAGUUUAACCCUGUGUACAGAGUCAGCAAGAGGUUUAAAUCCUGCUCAACAAAAGGAGAAAACGAAUAAGCAGGACUUGCGCUCUGAAUUUGUGCUGGUCCUCUGCAUUUCAGCAGGAUUAGCUUGAGGAAUAAGUCCAGAAAUUGUGUGCACUACGGAAUUUUCAAACCACCCCAUGUAAGUGGGAUUUCAGCCCUAGAGGUCUGUGCCACCAUUUGCACCUGAUAUUGCCUCCACCAAGAGACCAGCCCAUAGCAACUGUCUUAUUUUGGCUCGUCAGACCAGUCGUGUUACCCAUUACAGAGACAAACACCCAAAAACGUUUGUGUCCCCACAGCGGUAACAUGCUCCUACCUCAUGCUGUGUCCAGCCUCUGGCCCAGCAAGGACAGAAAAAUGGAUGAGGGUCAUGGAUUGAGUAGAACCCUGCCAGAUCCACACAACAAGAACUACAGGGCAGUUUCAGGUACCGCAGGAACAAGUCUUGCAAAGAUACAGUGAUCACUAUGGCUCCUUGCUUCAUCCUGAAGAGGAUCCUAAUGGUCCUAUUUACAGGUCUCACAGUAUCGGGCUCUCCAGUGAGAGGAGUGGUGGGUCAGAAUGUCAUUUUGCUCUGUAAAUACCAAGUUAAUCGCCAAAGUGACAUCACAACAAUGUGCUGGGGCCGGGGCAGCUGUCCUUCUUCUCAAUGUUCUCAGCCAAUUCUCUGGACAGAUGGAUGGAGGGUAACCAAGCGUCAGUCCAGCAGAUACCAGUUAGAAGGGAAUCUCGCUCAGGGGGAUGUGUCCCUGACCAUAGUGGAUGUGGCAGAAGCAGACGGAGGGGUGUACUGCUGCCGUGUGGAGAUCCCUGGUUGGUUCAAUGAUCAGUGGAACAAUCUGGAAGUUGUGAUUGAGACAGUUGCUGCAAAUGCCACCCAGGUAUCCUCUUCUGUCACACCAAGAUGGCUAUCUAUUUCUAGUUCAGAAGCCCCUCAGGCUUUUACUGUGUCUACAUCAGUCCAUCCACUGGAGCCUGGAUCCAGGGGGACAGGGAUGUAUAUUAGAAUUGGCGUCAUUCUGUCACUUCUAGUCCUCCUAAUUUUGUCCCUGUUAAUCUUCACAUUGUGUUGUGGGCGGAGAGCAGUUAUCACCAUGGCUCCUUAUUUCAUCUUGGAGUGGAUCCUAAUGGUCCUAUUUACAGGUCUCACAGUAUCGGGCUCUCCAGUGAGAGGAGUGGUGGGUCAGAAUGUCAUUUUGCUCUGUAAAUACCAAGUUAAUCGCCAAAGUGACAUCACAACAAUGUGCUGGGGCCGGGGCAGCUGUCCUUCUUCUCAAUGUUCUCAGCCAAUUCUCUGGACAGAUGGAUGGAGGGUAACCAAGCGUCAGUCCAGCAGAUACCAGUUAGAAGGGAAUCUCGCUCAGGGGGAUGUGUCCCUGACCAUAGUGGAUGUGGCAGAAGCAGACGGAGGGGUGUACUGCUGCCGUGUGGAGAUCCCUGGUUGGUUCAAUGAUCAGUGGAACAAUCUGGAAGUUGUGAUUGAGACAGCUAGGAUCUCCAGUGCAGGCCCUCACACUUACACAUCUGAACACACCUCAGCUGCUGUGAAUGCCAGUGACACAUCUUCCACCAUCGCCCCACAAUGGCCAUUGGUUUUCAGUUCAGAAGCCCCUCAGGACACUUCAAUCCAGACUAUGUCCACGUUAAUCCAUCAGCUAAUGGAGCCAGAAUCCAGGGGGGCAGGGAUGCAUGUUGGAAUCAGCAUUUUUGUGGUACUUCUAGUCACCCUGGUUUUGGCCCUAAUUCUAUCCAAAAGGUAUUUCCACAACAGACAGAAGCCGAAGACUUUAGCAAGCUCAGUCUCAUUCUCCAACCCAGAACAUGGAGGCUUCCAGAGCACGUUGGAAGCUGGGGUCCAUGCAGAAGAGAAUAUUUAUAUGAUGGACUAAAGAAUGAUUGGCUCCUUUCCCUGAUCAACACUGUGCCUUUAGCCAGUUACUACAAAACUAGCUCAGUUUAUACAACCCUCUAAACUAUAUGUUCUACUGACCACUUUUAACCCUUGUUUGAUACAACUGAGAAUUUCGAAGAGGGGUGUUCCUGGUGGAGGGCACAUGGACUGACAAACUAUUAUUUGCAUCACUCCAGUAAAGCAAGAAGUGUCUACAAAUUUGGGGCUAAGACUUUGCCAGUCUAUUGCAGACACAAGGCUCCACCGUUUAGUGCCAUUCUCAGCAUCCAUUCACCGAAUGGGAGCGAUACGCGUAUUACAUUUGUUACAGAUGCAAAUUGCCACUUCUGAGAGUGAAUGAGAGCAACACCACAAUGCCUACGCAGCUGAGAAGACAGAAGCUACAGUCCACUUUCAUAUUUACUCGUGUCUUUACCUUGAUGCUGGAUUUCCUGGGGCAGGAUGGCACAGCCAGGAACCAUGCCAUGCCAUCUGCAGGGGUGAGCAGGCUGUGGCAGUUGUGAUGAUGUAGCUGUAAAGAGGAAUUUGUUUGUGAAUGUUUCAAGCAACAAAAGUUUAACUGCAUUUUUGCUAAGGCAAAAUAUAUCCAUUCUUCAUUACCAGUGAGGAUUCAAUCAUGCGGGUUCUAAGUGCUUUCAGAAAGAUGCUGAAACUUCUCAACUUCUAAGAAGUCAAUAGGAAUGGAGAGUACUCAGCAUUUCCCAGAAGGCGCUCAGCACCUGGGCAGGUCAGGCUCUUAAUACAUAGAAUACGUACAUUUUGUUGUCUCAGUUAAUUAUGACUAAGCACAUUUUACUCUGGAAACAAUACAUCCGGUUCUUCCUCUGUGCUUUUUAAAAAGCUGAUAUGAUUCAUACCAGGAACCACAUUAGUGACAGGAUCUCCCAUUUCCAGAACUCUAGGAAACUAGAAAAAACACUAGCUACCCUGAAGAAUGAAUAAUAAAUUCCUCUCGCUGCUAUUACCAAGGGGAAACAGAGUCAUGUUGGAAGGGUAAGUCAGAGAUCUUGGUAAUGCAACAAAUGUUGGGAUAAAGUCUGCUCUUCACUUACAUCAGUAUAAAUCCAAAAUAACUCCACUAACCAUACUGAAAUUUGAAUGGGAUUUAAGCUGUGUAAGGGGACAGCAGGCUGAGACAAAUUCUGCUUCUCACAUACACGGCUGUUACCCGCACCCCAGUUAAUGGAACUGGUAUUGGACAUGUGUCCCCCAUGCUUUUUGGUCGAGGGACACUGCAAAACAAAGAUUGAGGUUGUCCCAUAAUGAAUUGGAUUGGGAUGAGCCAGCAUAUUUCAUUUUGUACGGUCAUGCAAUAGAACACAACCUAACUGAUACAAAUUCAGGCAGUUCUGGUGGGAAGAACAGUUUUGCUCAGCUGUUUUUUAAAACUCACUUUUUAAUCAGCUAUAUCUAGGAAACUACAGCAGAUUUCCUGACAAUGCAAAAACCUAGUAUGUGCAAGAGAGAGCCAAAUAUCUCCUGAUUUCAGUCAAGAUAAACUUAUUAGAGUUAGUCAAGCUGGUGAUGUAGAAAAGCCAAUGUGGGGAGUACUUUUAAAGGAAUGAUUAGGAAAAUUAAAGUAAGCAAACUUUCCAUCCUCAGUCAUUGCUUUCAAUGGAGUUACACUAGGCAUGACCUUCAUUCGCUCUUAUUGUCCGCCAAGCCGUAGAGAGACAAUAAUGCUGUGUUGAUUUUAAUCACAUCCUGUAUGUGAGAUUCACUGGCUCAGAAAAAGUGUUUAGAAUAAAUAGGAAAUCAGGUCUGGAGUCUCUCUCCCUAAACUCUCUCUCCCUCUGGGUUAAGAAAGCAGCGGUAUCUGUCGAUGAGAAACAAAACACAGGACGAGAUUGAGAUUUAGAGAAACUUCACCUUCCUAGUCAUUAUUAUUGUAAUAGCCUAAUUAUUUUGCUAUAUCACUGGGAUUGUCAGAAAAUCAGUAUGUAUUUUACAGAGACAUUAAAAUGUGCUUCUGGUCUCACACUUCCAUUACUUCUGUAUUACACUGGUAUGAGUGAGGUCAGAAUCUGUCUUCGAAAGUCAAACAGUGAGAUUCUAUCCAUAGUCUGACAGCAGGACUUACAAUAGCGCUUACUGUUGACUUCAAUAGGAGCAGUGAAGCCAACAAUGAAGGAUUUUUAAAACCCCAUGCUGAAUGUCUAUUGCAGCACUGACUGUUCUUUGGAUCAGCUGUGUGUUGCACCAGACCGAGUCCUAACCAGUCACUCUUCUAAUAGUUUAACAAUUGAGUCUGCUCAUCUCUUAUUAGAAAUCACCCUGACCACCUGAAAAUCUUUCUAUUUGUUUGUUUUAAAUCAAAAUUACAAAAUUUUCUAUGAGAAGCACCUUCGGGGAUCUUUGUACAAAAUUAUAUAUAGGUUAGACAAUGAUAAAAGUUAUGGUUACAGCAUCUUUCUUGUUUGUCUACUCCACAUCUUUAUCUGUAAAAUGGAUCUCUGUUAAUGUUGAGAUUGUAUUGCAUGCUUAUAAAAAUGUGCACAGAGUUCACGGUUCCUUCUGCUUUUGCAUGCCAACUGCAGAAAGGCUCUGAACCCCCCAAUACCUGAAGUUACCUGGUAACAAGACAGGGUGGUUCCAACAUUCAACUUUGGUUAGUAAACAAUUAAUGCUGCAAAAACUUAAAUCGCUCCCCAUCAAACAUUGAUGUUUGGCUCUGUGAUAUAGCUGGAACGCACAGCUAACAAACGACUGGCAUUCGGCAGAAGAGGAAUGCCCAGAAAAUUUAAAGCAAUAUGGGCUGGCUUUUUAGAGGUCUAUGAUUAAUGUAGAUCCUGAAGAUAGAGAUGUCACUUCCCCUCCCCUUCUUUUAUCCUACCUCUCUUUGCUUACUUUGUGUAUUAUGAUGAAACUGGUAUUUGGAUAUAUUUGUAUUUGGAAUAAUAAAACAUUAUAAAUAAAGGAAGGCCCUG